AUUUAUUGGAGGGAGUUUUUUGGAAGAAUCGUUGUGAUGGUUGGGAUAUGGAGUCGUAUAGUAUGUGGUGCAGAUCAGAUCAAACAGACGAGCGUUGUGAAUGUGGGAGUGAUUCUUAGUUCAAGUAGUUGGGUUGGGAAGAUGGGUUUAAGUUGUAUCAAUCUCUCCCUAACCGAUUUCUAUUCUUCUAAUCCUCAUUAUAACACCAAAAUCCUUCUUCAUAUCAAUGACUCUAACGAUGAUCCUUUGCUCGCGGCUUCUCAAGCAUUGGAGCUAAUAGAGAAGAGUGAAGUGAAAGCCAUCUUAGGGCCAGAAAGUUCGUUCCAGGCUCCUUACACAAUCCAACUAAGUGAAAAAUUUAAGGUGCCAUUAAUCUCGUUUGCACCACCACCACCACCAGCCUCCACUUCCUCUAACCUAAAUUCUCCAUAUUUGUUACGAGUCUACAACCAUUUCUCACAAAUUUAUGCCAUUCGUGACAUCAUUAAAACUUUUGAAUGGAAGCAAGUUGUUACCAUUUACCAAGAUGAUGAAUUUGGACAGUCGAUUGUUCUAGAUCUGAUCCACGCUUUACAGGAAAAGGAAGUAAACACUCAUGUUUACCGAAUCAACCCAGGAGCUUCGAUGGGCGAAAUUAGAGAAGAGCUUGAAAUGUUGAAGAAUAAGGAGCAGGCAACAAUUUUCAUUGUACACAUGGAUCACAGCUUGGCCUUUCAUGUAUUCACCACAGCCAAUGAAAUUGGGAUGACCGGCAAAGGCUAUGCUUGGAUUCUCACUGACGCCAUUACAAGUUCUUUAAAUUCUACACAUUAUUCAACUCUCAGAUCAAUGCAGGGAUUUUUAGGAGUAAAAACCUUUGUCCCCAAGACAAUCAAACUCGACAACUUCACCAUUAGAUGGAGAAAGAAAUUUCUAGAAGAAAAUCCAAAUCUAAUCCAAUAUUACCCAAACCCAGAUGUUUUCGGGCUGUGGGCUUACGAUUCCACUUGGGCUCUAGCCAUGGCGGCCGAAAGUAACUUCAUUUCUGGGAAGACAAUCAUGGAGUCCCUGUUAAUAGUAAGUUUCCAAGGUCUGAGUGGGAAGUUUAGUUUUGGACAAUCUAAAUCCCAACCACCAUAUUAUCAGUCACAGGAUUUGCAAAUAGUAAAUGUAAUUGGAGAUGGAGAUAUUAGUACGGUGGGAUAUUGGACUCCUAAAAUGAACCUCACCGGAGAAUUUAAUCGGAAUGUUACAUUAAGACCCAUUAUUUGGCCUGGAUACUCCAUUCAACAGCCUACUGGAUGGAUUCCAUUUAAUCCAACGAACAGACUGAAGAUAGGAGUUCCAAUGUUGACAAGGGAUAAGAGUUAUAUGGCUAAUUCCCUCAUGAGUAACCACAGCAUCGUUGCUUACUGUUUAAAAAUCUUCGAGGUGGCAGCUAACAAGCUUCCAUAUAAUAUUACAUAUGAUUUUCUUUACUUCGAAGGCGCAUACGACGACUUGAUACUAUCAGUGUACAGACGGGUGGGUAAUCUAUACCCUAUUGGAUUACUACUUUUAGGUAUUUUCGAAUAUAAAUAUGAUGCAGCUGUUGGAGACAUAACAAUAUUAGCAAACAGAUCUUCGUUUGUAGACUUUUCUCUGCCAUUUACCGAAGCUGGGAUCGCCAUGAUCGUUCCUGUAAGAGACGACUCGGUGGAUCAUGGAUGGUUCUUCAUAAAGCCCUUGAGUUUGAAUCUUUGGAUCACAAGCUUCAGUUUCUUCGUUUUCUUGGGCUUCGUGGUUUGGAUUUUAGAACAUCAAAACAGUAGUGAAGACUUUCGUCGCGGCCCUAUAUUGCAUCAAAUCGCCACUAGUCUCUGGUUCUCCUUUAGCAUCAUGGUCUUUGCCCAAGGGGAGAAACUAACGAGCAAUUUAUCAAGGAUGGUGGUGGUGAUAUGGUUCUUCGUGGUGUUCGUCCUAGCACAGAGCUACACAGCAAGCUUAACGUCGUGGUUAACAGUGCAACAGCUCCAACCAGCUACCGACAUUAAUCAGAUUAUAAAAAACAAUUGGUCUGUUGGAUAUCAAAAUGGCUCCUUUAUUUAUGGCUCAUUAAAGAUUUUAGGCAUACAACACUUGAAACCCUAUGACACAUUAGAGCAACUCAAUGAACUCUUAACUAAAGGAGGCCGAAACGGUGGUGUUGAUUCUGUCAUUGAUGAGAUCCCUUACAUGAAGCUUUUUCUUGCAAUAUAUGGUGGUAAGGAUAACUAUAACUAUACCAUGGCCGUUUUUCACUACAGUACUGGUGGUUUUGGAUUUGUGUUCCCACCAGGUUCGGCUUUGAGAAAUGAUAUAUCGACGGCAUUGCUGAAUUUGACUCAAAAUAGCAAAGAAAUAAAUGAAAUAGACGAGAGGUGGUUUGGAAAAAUUGACAAACUUAAUAGCAGUCAUGACUCAAAUAUUAAUGCUUUUUCUUCACGCAUUGACCUUAGUUACUUUAAGAGUUUAUUCAUCAUCACUGCUUCUGCAGCUAUUUUGGCCCUCACUCUUUAUUUAUUUCGUUACUCCUUUGACUCGACCACCAUAUGGACAAGAAUUAUCGACGCCGUAACUUACCAAAUUAAUGUAAUGAAAGACAAAUGCAAGAUCAAUAAUGUGAAACCACCGGUAGCGGCAAUAGAAGAGGAGGAGGAGGAGGAGGCCUCUCCGAGUACCGAAUAACAAUUUUCAUACAUGCAUUUUAGAUAUCAUGAUUUGUUAAUGUAACUGGCCCUCUGAAGAAGAGGUUGCUUGUAUUUUAUAUUAAUGGUUGGAUUGUGGUAGUUUAAUUUGUGUGGAAUGCCAUUAUAUUCAGUUCGAGUUUUCUUCUUGAGAAAAUAUGAAUUGCUUUAAGAACUAUUUAUCAUUUCAAUAAGUUUUAAAA